GCGAGCGUAGUCAGGCAAGCCGGGUCAAUAACAAUCGGGCAGGUAGGUACAGGGGGUCAGGCAGAGAAUGGUCGGGGUCACAAGCCAGGGAUCAAACAGGAGAAGUCAGCAGAGGUCCAGAUCAGGCAGGGUCGGCAACAAAUUAGUCAGACAGGAACAGGAACAGGAAUGCAGGUAACAAGAUACAGGGGCCCAUGGAAAAACACACACCAAGGCACAGACUGCAGGUCCGGCCAUCCCCCAAACACACCCGCAACCAGCCCCGGCGGACCGCAGGGCCGAGUCCCUGAUCGCUGAGAGCACCCGCCUGCCAGCCCCGGCACCGCAGCCCACAAGGCAGGCGAGCCCCACCACCACCAGCAAGUCCACCCCCGACAGU